CACGUGACCUAACGGCGCCCACGUGACGGCGCGCGCUGCCGGAGAUGGCGGCGAGGUCGGGGGUCUUCCUGCUGCUGCUGCCGCUGCUGCUGCCGGGGCUCGCGGCGCGCGGGCCCGCUGCCGCCGCUGCCGCCAAAAUGAAGGUGGUGGAGGAGCCCAACUCGUUCGGGCUCAACAACCCGUUCCUGCCCCAGACCGGUCGCCUGCAGCCCAAGAGGGAUCCUUCCCCGCUGUCUGGGCCCGCGCACCUCUUCAGGCUCUCCGGCAAGUGCUUCAGCCUGGUGGAGUCCACGUACAAGUACGAGCUGUGCCCCUUCCACAACGUGACGCAGCACGAGCAGACCUUCCGCUGGAACGCUUACAGCGGGAUCCUGGGCAUCUGGCACGAGUGGGAGAUCUCUAACAACACCUUCAGGGGCAUGUGGAUGAGGGACGGCGACUCCUGCCGCUCCCGGAGCCGGCAGAGCAAGGUGGAGCUUACCUGUGGGAAAAGCAACCGCCUGGCACACGUGUCUGAGCCCAGCACCUGCGUCUACGCGCUGACCUUCGAGACGCCUCUGGUCUGCCACCCGCACUCCCUGUUAGUGUACCCGGCCCUGCCGGCGGCCCUGCAGCACAGGUGGGACCAGGUGGAACAGGACCUGGCUGACGAGCUGAUCACAUCCCAGGGCUACGAGAAGUUGCUCAGGGCGCUCUUUGAGGAGGCCGGCUACUUGAAGACCCCGGAGGACAUUGACUCCGUGCGGGAAGGAGGUGCCAAGGCCCUGGCGUUCCAGACCCUGGAGAACUGCAGUGAGGCACACAGGGAGCUGUGGAAGGAGGUCAGGAGACUCCGGAGCGUGCUGACACAGCAUGGCAUCCCCUACGCGCAGGCCGCGGAAACGCCCCCCUCUGAGCACGGGGGCCCCAGGACACCCACAGACGGGACAGCGGAACAGCUCCGAGGCGACCCGGGACCGCGAGGGAACACCUUGUGACCUGAGACAGGCCUCAGGGGCAGAGCCAGGCUGGCGGGGGGGGGGGGGGGGGGGCUUCCUCUGCCUUCGGGGCCGGCCAGCCGUCAGCAUCGGCUCAAAGAGGCAGACAGAAUAAAGAUUCAAAGUUUUAAUUACUUUCCAUACUGAUAAAAAUAAUUCCAUGAAUUCUGUAAACCAUUGCAUAAAUGCUAUAGUGUAAAAAAAUUUAAACAAGUGUUAACUUGGAACGGUUCACUACAAGUAAAUGAUUAUGCUUUAUAAAUACUA